UACUGUGAGAGCUGUGAUUGGUCACAGCAUGUCACAUGGUACAAGGCUGUUGUGAAUAGCCCUGUACCAUGUGAUCUCUGUGAUCAUUCACAGAUUUCACAUGUAGUAAGCAAUGUCAGAAGUGACAUCUUGCUUACUACUCUGCAUGUGAUCACUGAUUGGCCAAUUAGCAGUCACAUGAUCGGGGACUUCGCAGAGAGGUCCCGUACGACGAUCGGUGUUCCACUGUGUCUGGAGGACACGGCGGGCACCGGAUCUCAGUGCUGCGUGCUCCCAGGGAGUGCGCACAAACAGGGGGCGGGGAGGCCCCCGACCCUGCACUGCCACCGUCCGGCCGUUUAUAUACGUGGGCCGGACGGGAAGAGGUUA